AUGACGCGGUGGCGACUUGAUGGUGGGUGGGACCGCGCGAGCAUCGUUUCGGACGCCUACGCGCUGGUGAAGGCCGGCCGCAUGGGCGCCGACCAGCUGGUUCGGCUGCUGCCGGCGUACAAGGAAGAGGACGACAGCACGGUGUGGAAGGCGGUGGACAGCGUGCUCCUCGGCCUCGACAAGAUCCUCAAGGCCGACGAGGCGAUGAGCAAGCGGUUCUCCAAGCUAGCGGCCGGCCUGCUCAAGCCGAUCGCCGGCAAAGUGGGCUGGGAGCCGAAGGACACGGACGGGCACUCGGGAAAGCUGCUCCGAGCGACGGUCAUCGAGCUCCUGGCCACGGCCACACAGGAGGGGUAAACACCAGGGCUUUUUUCUUCUUUUUAUUUCUUUUCAUGCCCCACCUUCCUCCUGCGGUGCGUGCUGAAUUUUAUUUUUUUCGCGAGAAGGGUCCAGCCGUCCCUUUCCCUCGUCAACGGUGCUAACGUCGAAGUUUGGUACUCACGAGAGCUUUUUAGCUAUAUUUCGCUUUCACCCGCAAAUUUCGUAAAUUUUUCACCCCAUGGGGAUUC